CCUGCAGUGAGAGGGUCCAAGCCAGGUAAGAAUGUCCAGCUGCAGGAGAAUGAAAUCAGAGGACUGUGCUUGAAGUCCCGCGAGAUCUUUCUCAGUCAGCCUAUCCUACUAGAACUUGAAGCACCACUCAAAAUAUGUGGUGACAUCCACGGGCAAUACUAUGAUUUGCUUCGACUUUUUGAAUAUGGGGGCUUCCCACCAGAAAGCAACUAUCUCUUUCUGGGGGACUACGUGGACAGGGGGAAGCAGUCCCUGGAGACGAUCUGCCUCUUACUGGCCUACAAGAUCAAGUACCCCGAGAACUUCUUUCUUCUCAGAGGCAACCACGAGUGCGCCAGCAUCAAUAGAAUUUAUGGGUUUUAUGAUGAAUGUAAAAGAAGAUACAACAUUAAACUAUGGAAGACUUUCACAGACUGUUUUAACUGCUUGCCAAUAGCAGCCAUCGUGGAUGAGAAAAUAUUCUGCUGUCAUGGGGGUUUAUCACCAGAUCUUCAAUCUAUGGAGCAGAUUCGGCGAAUUAUGCGACCAACUGAUGUGCCUGAUCAAGGUCUUCUUUGUGAUCUUUUGUGGUCUGACCCCGAUAAAGAUGUCUUAGGCUGGGGUGAAAAUGACAGAGGCGUGUCCUUCACGUUUGGUGCAGAAGUGGUUGCCAAAUUCCUCCAUAAGCAUGAUUUGGACCUUAUUUGUAGAGCCCAUCAGGUGGUUGAAGACGGAUAUGAAUUUUUUGCAAAGAGGCAGUUGGUCACUCUGUUCUCUGCACCAAAUUACUGUGGAGAGUUUGACAAUGCGGGGGCCAUGAUGAGCGUGGACGAGACGCUGAUGUGUUCCUUCCAGAUUUUAAAGCCUGCAGAGAAAAAGAAGCCGAAUGCCACGAGACCUGUCACGCCACCCCGCGAUUUUGUUUGAAAGGGAUUGCUUUCUCUCCUUGUCUUGUCCUGUGCACCGGAGUCCCCUAGCUCUGACAGUAGGAGUGCCCUGCACCUCCAGCCCCUCUGCUAGGGUGUGCGUUACUAAAGCACAGCCCUCCUGUACUCCUCUUGACAACUGAAGCCAUUCUUUAAAUGCCUGGGACUCGGAAAGCCAAAGCCUCUGCCCCUCAGCACGGGGCGUGCGGGAGGAGGGAGCGCCCGCAGCCGCCCCCCGCCCGGGCCCAGAGAGGCUUUGGGUUUUGAAUAGCAGUUAGUAAUAGAGUACUGUUUAAGCUAUUAAUGAUUAAAGUUAAUAACAUUUUGUACGAUUUCCAUAUAGUCUAUUCAUUAAGUAAUCUUUUUACAGUUGGAUCAGGCCUGAACCCGUCCAUUCAGAAAGCUUCAAAUUAUAGAAACAAUACUGUUCUAUACGAGUGACCGAUUAUGCUUUCUUUGGCCUACAUUCUUUAUCCUUCGGUGAAGUUGAGGCUUGUCAGUCAGAACAAAGGAACUAACUUGCUGUCCACCAGUUUAUACAGAACUCACAGUGUCUAUGACUUUUUUAAACUAAGAUCUGUUAAAAAGAAAUCUGUUUCAACAGAUGACCAUGUACAAUACCAUGUGAUAAAAAUUGAGACUUAUUAAAUGGCGAACUUGUUAAAUCUUCUCAGUCAGUGUCUAUUUAUCAGCACAAUACACACAGGACCACUGCUGAUGGCGCAUUGAAUAGAUUUUAAUGAAUAAAUCGCUCUGGAAACCACA